AUGCAUAAAAUAAAAAAAGUCACUGUAUCUUGGGCUGCCAGGCUUAUUUUAGCACUGGGGUGCAUGUUUCAGGGAGUGCCGGUUAUGGCAGCAAAUGAAAGAUUUAUAUCGCUACGAGAAAAGAUAAUGGAUUCAGAGUUCUUUGUUUUUAACCAGCCUGGUUAUUUAUACAAUAUAGGACUAAAAAAGUUUAUGGCCAUCGAUAGAUAUUCUGAUAAUUUAGGAUAUCUUUCACUAAGAAUGACUGCAGAUCCAAAGCAGGCCAUUGUUUUUGAACUAAGCAAAGAAGUAUCGGGAGAAGAGGCGCCAUUAACACGAAUUAUUACAAAUGAUUCAAAGCUUCCCAAGUUACUAAAUAGUGCGAGGUAUAUUCUACAAAGAGGCACGAGCAAUGACAACCGGGUGGUUUUGAGCAAGAAUGACAAUAAAAAUUUACCUGAGCAGUCUGUACUGAUAGACACACUUGUAUCAGGAACCAGGCCGGCAUUUCGGGUUCUUAUGGGAAGCUAUAGGUGCAUGUCUGGGGGCAUUAGUGCAAGUGUUUAUUAUCAGAACUGUAAGGAUACACAAACCCCAGACGAGGAGUAUAUAGAUGAUCUUUGGCUAUGGAUUGGAAUGGAUGAUUUUGAAAAAACCACAUAUAACAUGAAGAGAAUGCCAGACUAUCUACAGAUAGAUGAAAACGAGAUUUCAGAGCACAGGAACGCAUACUCAAAUGGUAGAAACCGCAUGCGAUUGGAUAUAAACGAACAAAAGAACAACAAUCCAUAUUAUAAAAAAGCAGCCUACUAUGAAAACGCAGUAAAUAAGCAAUCUAUCAAAAGAAAUAAAACAGGAAAUGCCAAUAAAAAUGAAAACAUAAAUGAAAAUAGGAAUGAAGGUAAGGAUAAUAAUAAACCCAAACCACAAGCUGGGAAUAGACUCAAGCCACAAGCUGAGAAUAGGCUCAAACCACAAGCUGGAAAUAGAUUCAAACCACAAGCUGGAAAUAGGCUCAAACCACAAGCUGAGAAUAGAUCCAAACCACAAGCUGGAAAUAGACUCAAACCACAAGCUGAGAAUAGGAAAGAGGCCCCAAGCAAAAACAACAGAGAACCCCCCAGUCCAACAAAUAAAAAGAGCAUUCUUUAUAAAAACAUUGGUAGAUGGAGCCCCUAUAAGAAAUCUAAUAAUAGAUAUGUUAAAACAGAGGAAGUUAAUCCAGUAAUAGUUGUUUCGUCAACAGAUAAGUAUUUCCACCCGGAUAUGAGCUAUUUAGAUCAAGGAAACUAUUAUAAAGGGAUUGUUCCGCUGAAAAGAGGCCAGCAUAUUUUAAGAUGGGCCCACGCUGACUAUUAUUGAAUUUUCUAUAUAAAUACUGCUAGUGGAUAUGCUAAGCACCCUUCUAACAGAAAAUAGCCACAUCUAGUAACCAGUAAUAAAAUAGCUGCUUUAGACCUUUUCAUAUUCACCAAUAAACAACA